CAAACUGGUAUCGCUGUAGAAUAUUUCUCGCUGAAAAAAUAUUUAUUAGUUCCAGAUAUAUUUUUAGUUUUUAAUAAAUUCUACAAAACCUAUUUAACCUUCAAAUUUAGUCAAUUUAAUUAUGCCUAACGACUUAGAAACUUUGAUUGAUAUGGGCUUUCCUGAGAAGAAGGCCCGAAAAGCCCUCUUAAAGACGAACAAUGGAGGUGUACAAGCUGCUAUGGAUUGGAUUUUGGAGCAUGGUGAAGAAGACGAUGAUAAAACUGAAGAAACAGAAGCAAGUAGUAUAGAAAAGGAAGGCGCAGAUGCGUCAGCAAAAUCUCUCACAUGCGACGAUUGCGGUAAAAGUUUUCGUUCACCAAGCGAUGCCGAAGCUCAUGCCAUCAGAACAAAACAUGCUAACUUUAGUGAAUCAACCGAAGAGGUUAGACCUUUGACGAAAGAAGAAAAAGAAGCGCAAUUGGCAAGAAUACAAGAAAGAUUAGUUUCCAGAAGAAAAGAGCGCGAUGAAAAGGAAGAACAGGAGAGGAAAAAUAAGGAAAAAUCACGUCGACAUCAGGGACAAGAUUUACUAAAGGCUAAACAAAAAUUCGAAGAAGAUGAAAUGAAAAGAAUAGCAGAUCAGAAACGUCGGGAACGGGAGGAAGAUAAGAGAGCCAGACAGAGAGUAAAGGAUUUAAUUGAACAAGAUAAGAAAGCUAGAGCAGCGAAAGCUAAAAAAGAAGAUUUCUCUGCUUCCGCUGAUUCAAACUCCGUAACGGCUAAACCAGUUGUGGUAGAACCCCCAGAGAAGAAGGAGUAUGCCGAAUGUCGUCUGCAAAUUCGCCUUACUAAUGGUUCAGCUCUCACUCACACUUUCAAAGCUACUGAGAGUUUAGCAGCCGUGAGGCUAUUCGUUGAGAUUAAUAGGACUGAUGGUGAAGGUCCUUUUUCACUUAUGACAACUUUUCCAAAGAAAGUUUUCACUGAUGAAGAUAUGGAAAAGCCACUAACACAAUUGGGGCUCAUUCCCUCGGCUGUUCUUAUAGUAGCAAAAAUCUAAGAGUACACAAUCAUAGAAAACAAUAAUUAUUUUUUAAACUCCAUUUCUGGAACUUGAAAUUUUCAUUCAUUAAUAAAAGACUCUUAUUAAAAAUUUCCUUCCUAUUUCCUGAGUUUCUUAAUAUUUAAAUUAAUCUUUACUAUUUCCAA